UUUGAAAGUGCUGGCAGGCGGAAGUCCUCCCUGUGAUCCAGGCUGACUCGGUCCUGUGUUGAUGCCUGAACUGAAGUCGUCUCCUGCACUGGGAAGAUGUCUGCAGAGAAAGGAGGAAAUACUUUGUGCUUCUUUGUCAACGGGAAAAAGGUCACAGAGAACCAUGCAGACCCUGAAACCAUGCUGCUGCCCUUCCUCAGAGAGAAACUGAGGUUAACUGGAACCAAGUAUGGCUGCGGCGGUGGAGGCUGCGGGGCGUGCACGGUCAUGUUGUCGCGCUACCAACCUGCCACCAAAACCAUCAUACAUCACUCAGCCAACGCCUGCCUCCUGCCAAUCUGCCAGCUUCACGGAGCCGCCGUCACCACGGUGGAGGGCAUCGGCAGCACCAAGACCAGGAUCCACCCUGUGCAGGAGCGGAUAGCGAAGGCUCAUGGCUCCCAGUGUGGCUUCUGCACUCCAGGGAUGGUGAUGUCCAUGUACUCUCUGCUGAGGAACAAGCCUCAGCCCACCAUGGAGGACAUCACACAAGCUCUAGCUGGUAAUCUGUGUCGCUGCACUGGAUAUCGUCCAAUCGUCGAUGGCUGCAGGACCUUCUGUCAGGAAGCCAACUGCUGCCAAGCCAAUGGAUCUGCAGACUGUUGCCUCAACACACAGGAAAUCACUGAGGAACCAGAGCAUGGAAAGCCACAGUUGUUUGACAAGGAAGAUUUUCUGCCACUGGACCCGACACAGGAGCUCAUCUUCCCCCCUGAACUCAUUCUGAUGGCAGAAACAGCGAACCCACAAACGCUCACCUUUCAUGGGGAGAGGAUGAACUGGGUGUCCCCGGCCUCACUGGAGGAGCUGGUCCAGCUCAAGACCAGGAACCCUAAAGCUCCGCUGGUCAUGGGAAACACCAACAUAGGUCCAGAUAUAAAGUUCAAAGGCAUCCUGUAUCCACUGAUCAUAUCUCCAACCAGAGUCACGGAGCUGUUUGAGGUCACUCAGACACCACAGGGUGUUUGGGUAGGAGCGGGCUGCACUCUUACAGAGGUUCGGUCUCAUUUGGAGAACCUGGUUCCUCAGGUUACGGAAGAGAAGACUGAACUGUUCAGAGCUCUGAUCCAACAGCUGGGGAACGUGGGAAGCCAGCAGAUCCGUAACGUUGCUUCUCUUGGGGGCAACAUCAUGAGUGCAUACCCAAACUCAGACCUGAACCCUGUUUUGGCUGCUGGGAACUGCAAAGUGAACGUUGUUUCGAAUGGAGGAAGACGAGAGGUUCCCCUGAAUCAAGACUUCUUCGUGAGCUUUGGAAAAACCAUCCUGAAGCCAGAGGAGAUUGUUCUUUCUGUCUUCAUUCCCUUCUCCAGAAAGGGAGAGUUUGUUCGAGCUUUCCGCCAGGCUCCGAGGAAGGAGAGCUCCUUCUCCACAGUGACGACGGGGAUGAGAGUGUUUUUCUCAGAGGGGUCCAGAGUGGUUCGGGACGUCAGUAUUUACUAUGGGGGAAUGGGGCCGACCACCGUUAGUGCCACCAAAACCUGCGCAGCUAUCACCACAAGGCCUUGGGAUGAUGAGACCCUCAGCCAGGCCUAUGACGUCCUCCUGGAUGAGUUGGUCCUCCCUCCCUCGGCUCCUGGAGGAAAGGUGGAGUUUCGCCGCUCUUUGACUCUCAGCUUCCUCUUCAAAUUCUACCUGGAAGUCCUGCAGAAACUCAGGGAAAUGAACGUGAUUACAGAUGAGCUUCCUGAGAAGAUGCCGGUCCAUCCUUUACCCAGAGAGAUUCAACCCAGCCUGCAGGAGUUCCAGCAUGUGUCAAAGGACCAGAGUGACCAGGACCCAGUGGGGCGCCCCGUCAUGCAUCGCUCUGCCAUCAGCCAGGCCACAGGUGAGGCCGUGUACUGUGAUGACAUCCCGAGAACGGAUGGUGAGCUCUUCCUGGCUCUGGUCACCAGCUCUCGUGCACAUGCUAAAAUCACCGGGCUGGAUGUGAGCGAGGCUCUGCAGGUUCCCGGUGUUGUCGAUGUUAUCAGGGCCAAAGAUAUUCCUGGGCAGAAAGUUCGGAAGAUGUUUGGUUAUGAUGAGGAGCUAUUUGCCGAAACCGAGGUGUCCUGCGUCGGCCAGAGGAUAUGUGCGGUGGUCGCUGAUACGAGGGUACACGCUAGACAGGGAGCAGCGGCUGUGAAGAUCAGCUAUGAGGACCUGCCUGACCCGGUUUUCACCCAAGAGGAAGCCAUUGAGAGGUCGUCUUUCUUUGAGCCUCAGAGGAGGAUUGAGAGAGGAGAUGUGACCAAAGCCUUUCAAACUGUUGAUCAGGUUCAUGAAGGAGAGUUUCGGAUGGGUGGCCAGGAGCAUUUCUACAUGGAGACCCAGAGCAUGCUGGUUGUUCCUGUUGGUGAGGAGAAGGAGUUCAGAGCUUACGUCUCCACCCAGUGGCCGACGUUAACUCAGACCGCAAUAGCGGAGACCCUGGGCAUCCCGUCCAACAGGGUCACCUGUCACAUCAAAAGGAUAGGCGGAGCUUUUGGCGGAAAGAUCAUUACAACUGCGACACUGGCUUCCAUUACCUCUGUGGCUGCAUGGAAGACCAAUCGUGCAGUGCGCUGUGUCCUGGAGCGAGGAGAGGACAUGUUGAUCACGGGAGGCCGUCACCCUGUCCUGGCAAAAUACAAAGUCGGUUUCAUGAAUGACGGAAGGAUUGUUGCUGCAGAUAUCCAAUACUACACCAACGCUGGCUACACUGUGGAUGAAUCUAUUCUGGUGGUAGAAAAAAUUCUGCUUCACUUCGACAAUGCCUACAACAUCCCCAACCUGAGAGGCCAUGGUGCUGCCUGCAGGACCAACUUGCCUUCCAACACCGCCUUCAGGGGCUUUGGCGUGCCACAGAGCCUCAUGGUCAUGGAGAUCAUGAUCAACGACGUGGCAAUGGUGCUGGGACGCCCAGCAGACCAGAUUCGGGAGAUCAACAUGUACAAGGGGCCGUCAGUCACUCACUACAAGUUUGAGUUCGACCCGGAGAACAUGCUGCGCUGCUGGGAGGAAUGUAAAGGGAAGUCUGACUACAGCGCCCGCCGCAGAGCUGUGGACCAGUUUAACCAGCAGAACCGCUGGAAGAAGAGAGGGAUGGCCAUCAUCCCCAUUAAAUAUGGGAUUGCAUUUGGGGAGAGCUUCUUAAAUCAGGCCGGAGCUCUGGUCCACAUCUAUAAAGACGGCUCUGUCCUGGUCACUCAUGGUGGGACGGAGAUGGGUCAGGGACUCCACACUAAAAUCCAACAGGUGGCGAGUCGGGAGCUCCACAUCCCACACUCUAAGAUCUACAUCAGCGAAACCAGCACCAACACUGUUCCUAACACCUGCCCCUCUGCUGCCUCCUUCGGAACUGACGCCAACGGCAUGGCGGUCAAGAUUGCCUGCCAGACUCUGUACCAGCGCCUGGAGCCGAUCAGGCAGAAGGACCCCAAAGGAUCAUGGGAGAGUUGGAUCACGGCAGCGUUUUUUGAGAAAAUCAGUUUAUCGGCGACUGGAUUCUACAGAGGUCCAGACCUCUACAUGGACUGGGACAAGAUGGAGGGACAGCCGUACGCCUACUUCACAUACGGAGCAUGCUGCUGUGAAGUGGAGCUGGACUGCCUCACAGGAGACUACAGGACAGUGAGGACGGACCUUGUGGUGGACAUUGGUAGAAGUGUGAACCCCUCAGUGGACAUCGGCCAGAUUGAAGGAGCGUUCAUGCAGGGUUUGGGUCUCUACACUCUGGAGGAGUUGAAGUUUUCCCCCUCUGGGCUCCUGUACACUCGAGGUCCGUCUCAGUAUAAGAUCCCUGCACUCUGCGACCUGCCGCUUCGCUUCAACGUCUACCUGCUGUCAGACUCUUUCAACCCCCACGCCAUCUACUCCUCAAAGGGUAUUGGAGAGCCCGUCCUCUUCCUGGGCAGUUCAGUGUUCUUUGCCAUUAAAGACGCCGUGGCUGCAGCCCGCUCCGAGUCCGGUUUAGCCGGCCCCUUUCCCUUGGACAGCCCUGCGACACCAGAGAGGGCCUGUCUGGCUUGUUGCUCCCCAUUCACUCAGAAGAUUCCAGCCAGCAAACCAGGAUCUUUCAAACCGUGGGCCUUAAACAUCUAAAACUCAAUCUCAACUGUUUUUUGUUUGUUUGUUUUGCUUUUUUAAUCAAUCUAAAUCUAAACUGACUGUGAUCUAAAUGUAACGACAAUGAAGUCAAACUGAAAUUUUACGAAUACUCUUUAAACUUUCGUUACAUGUAUAUUUUUAAUAAACAAACAGACUUGAAGGGUAAGUGUGGUAUUUUAUUUUUAACCUGGACCCCAUAACGACUGAUGGAGGUAACAAUGUUUGAGUGAAAGCUCUGCAGCUGGCAGCAGGAAACAGGCUGCAAUGUAACCACAUGGAGCAUGUCCACACGGUCAAGUGUUUGUUUUUGCCACGGACAGGCUCAGAUUGUUUAUGAUUGUUAAGUGUCUGACAACAUUAUGGAAAGGAUCCCGACAGAGAUAGACCUUUGUGAUAAAGAGUAAGAUCCUUUUUGUUUAACCAGAAACAGCCUCAAAGUCCUGGAGAAGUUAUGUAAUUAGUGAAAACCAUCGAAAGUUUUGGGAAAGUCAUGGAAAUUUUGUUGUGUAAAGAAAUUGUCACAGUAAUCUUGUUUUGCUAGAGCUCUCUUCAUGUAUGGUAGCUACCUGAAUUUAUGUUUGACUAAAGUUUUAAUCUGUUUAUAAUUAUUUAAAUGGAGUCUGGUGGGUUUGGUGAUGGUGAUUUCAGGGCUGUUUCUGGUUAAACAAAAAGGGUCUUACUCUUUAACAAAAGGUCUAUCUCUGUAGGGAUUCUUUCAUAAUGUUGUUGGACAUUUUUACUAACAAUCUGAGCCUGUCAGUGACAAAAACACUUUAAGAGGAUGUACACUGAUGAUGCAAGCAUGCUGUUACCCUGCAGCCUGUUUCAGCAGCGCUCUCACUCAAUACUGGAACAUUUUCAAAAAUGAGUAGUAGCUUAGGUAGAAAAGAGGGUCCAGGUUUAAAGAAUAAUACCAAAGUUACCCUUUACUUCAUAUUUUCCUACGCUCUUGCUCUUAUCCUACAGGAUCACUGUUUCACCAAUAGAAGAAUAAAUGAUUGAGCAGUUAUUGAAUGCAUUAAAUAAACCCAGUGUUUCCUCUGUAUUCAUUCAGUCGCAGAACACAACCACAACAAACUCAACCAUCACAGAGUAGAUAUACUUUAUUAACCCUGGAAACCUGGAGCGACAUUCCUUUUCUUGUGCUGCCUUUAGAUGCCUUUCGCAAGUAUUUAAACCUUUGAAUCCUGAGCACACUGGUGCAAUUUCUUUCAGAAACAUGGGGAAUAAAAUGUAACGAGCGCUUAAAAAAUAGAUUGUGAAAUUUUAUUUUUUUUUAAAGCUAGGGAAAAACUAUAUUUAUAAUUGAUAUUAUUAUUACAUGUAAAAGUUAUGUUGCAGAAUAAUUGUAUUUUUAAAUUAUUAUUAUUUUAGAUAUUUUUAUUAUAUUUUUUAUUAUAUAUUUUUUCAGAAUUAUUGUAUUUUUUUAUUCUUUUAUAAUUAUUCAUUUAUUUUAUCUGUAUGGGUCAUUUCUUUGUAUG